AUGUUUCAGCAGGAUACUCGACCUGUCCUACCCAAGGUGGUCGUCACUCAGCCAUCGUCGAAUGAUCUGCAACCAUCUCUGACGGCUUCCGUGGAAACUAUACCAGUAGGAGAGAAAAAGAAAUGUUGUACAAUACUAUAA